CUUCAAGAGGGACACUGGCUGCACUGCCCGGCGUCGGCUGCAGCUGCUGGUUCUGAACUGUCUCACUUCCAGGGUACAUCUCCUCGCUUGCUAACAAGGACCUCUGAGUUCAGCAGCAGCCAUGAGUUCAGACCAAGAAAUGGCUAUAUUUGGGGAGGCUGCUCCCUACCUCCGAAAGUCUGAAAAGGAGCGCAUUGAGGCCCAGAAUAGGCCCUUUGACGCCAAGACAUCUGUCUUUGUGGCGGAGCCCAAGGAAUCCUUUGUCAAAGGGACUAUCCAGAGCAGAGAAGGGGGGAAAGUGACGGUGAAAACUGAUGCAGGGGCGACUCUGACAGUGAAAGAAGACCAAGUCUUCCCCAUGAACCCUCCCAAAUAUGACAAGAUCGAGGACAUGGCCAUGAUGACUCACCUGCAUGAGCCUGCUGUGCUGUACAACCUCAAAGAGCGUUAUGCAGCCUGGAUGAUCUACCCUAUGGGCAUCUUCUCCAUCCUGGAAGAGGAGUGCAUGUUCCCCAAGGCCACAGACACCUCCUUCAAGAACAAGCUCUAUGAACAGCAUCUUGGAAAGUCCAACAAUUUCCAGAAGCCCACUGCCAAAGGCAAGGUUGAGGCCCACUUCUCGCAGGUGCACUAUGCUGGCACCGUGGACUACAACAUUACCGGCUGGCUUGACAAGAACGAGGACCCCCUGAAUGAGACCGUGGUUGGGCUGUACCAGAAAUCUGCAAUGAAGACUCUGGCUUUCCUCUUCGCUGGGGGACAAGCAGGAGAGACCAGAGAAAGUGGUGGCGGAAAGAAAGGUGGCAAGAAAAAAGGUUCUUCUUUCCAGACAGUGUCAGCUCUUUUCAGGGAGAAUUUAAAUAAGCUGAUGACCAACUUGAGGAGCACUCACCCUCACUUUGUACGUUGUAUCAUCCCCAAUGAAACUAAAACUCCUGGGGCCGUGGAGCAUGAACUUGUCCUGCACCAGCUGAGGUGCAAUGGUGUGCUGGAAGGCAUCCGCAUCUGCAGGAAGGGAUUCCCAAGCAGGAUCCUUUACGCAGACUUCAAACAGAGAUACAAGGUUCUAAAUGCAAGUGCUACCCCAGAGGGUCAGUUCAUUGACAGCAAGAAAGCUUCUGAGAAACUUCUAGGGUCUAUUGACAUUGACCACACCCAGUACAAAUUUGGUCACACCAAGGUUUUCUUUAAAGCUGGACUGUUGGGAACUCUAGAGGAGAUGCGAGAUGAAAAGCUGGCUCAACUCAUCACACACACUCAAGCCAUGUGUAGAGGGUACCUGAUGAGGGUGGAGUUCAAGAAAAUGAUGGAGAGGAGAGAGUCCAUCUUCUGCAUCCAGUACAAUGUCCGUGCCUUCAUGAAUGUGAAGCACUGGCCCUGGAUGAAGCUGUAUUUCAAGAUCAAGCCCCUCCUCAAGAGUGCAGAGACAGAGAAAGAGAUGGCCAACAUGAAGGAAGAAUUCGAGAAGACCAAAGAAGAGCUGGCUAAGUCAGAGGCAAAAAGGAAAGAACUUGAAGAGAAAAUGGUAGCUCUGACGCAAGAGAAAAAUGACUUACAGCUCCAAGUUCAAUCUUUUGGUCAUCAGGACCUGGAGGAGGCCACCCUGCAGCAUGAAGCCACGGCGGCCGCUCUGCGGAAGAAGCACGCGGACAGUGUGGCCGAGCUCGGGGAGCAGAUAGACAACCUGCAGAGGGUCAAGCAGAAAAUGGAGCAGGAGAAGAGUGAGCUGAAGAUGGAGAUCGAUGACCUGGCGAGCAACAUGGAGACUGUCUCCAAAGCCAAGGGAAACCUCGAGAAAAUGUGCCGCACCCUAGAGGACCAGCUUAGUGAAGUGAAAACGAAGGAAGAGGAGCAGCAACGCUUAAUCAAUGACUUGUCAGCGCAGAAGGCACGUUUACAGACAGAAUCAGGUGAAUUUUCACGACAGCUAGAUGAGAAAGAUGCUCUGGUUUCUCAGCUAUCCCGAGGCAAACAAGCAUUUACACAACAGAUUGAGGAAUUAAAGAGGCAGCUAGAAGAGGAGUCUAAGGCCAAGAGUGCUCUGGCCCAUGCCCUGCAGUCAGCCCGCCAUGACUGUGACCUGCUGCGGGAACAGUAUGAGGAGGAGCAGGAAGCCAAGGCUGAGCUGCAGAGGUCAAUGUCUAAGGCCAACAGUGAGGUUGCCCAAUGGAGGACCAAAUACGAGACGGACGCCAUCCAGCGCACAGAGGAGCUGGAGGAGGCCAAGAAGAAGCUGGCCCAGUGUCUGCAGGAUGGUGAGGAACAUGUGGAAGCCGUGAAUUCCAAAUGUGCUUCUCUAGAAAAGACAAAGCAGCGGCUCCAGAAUGAAGUGGAGGACCUCAUGAUUGACGUGGAGAGAUCUAAUGCCGCCUGCGCAGCCCUCGAUAAGAAGCAGAGGAACUUUGACAAGGUCCUAUCAGAAUGGAAACAGAAAAAUGAAGAAACUCAGGCUGAACUGGAGGCCUCCCAGAAGGAGUCCCGUUCUCUCAGCACUGAGCUGUUCAAGGUGAAGAAUGGCUAUGAGGAAUCCCUGGACCAACUUGAAACGCUAAAGCGAGAGAAUAAGAACUUGCAGCAGGAGAUUUCUGACCUGACCGAGCAAAUUGCAGAGGGAGGAAAGCAUAUCCAUGAAUUGGAGAAAGUGAAGAAACAAAUAGAUCAAGAGAAGAACGAACUACAGGCUGCCCUAGAGGAGGCAGAGGCAUCUCUUGAGCAUGAAGAAGGCAAAAUCCUUCACAUUCAACUUGAGUUAAAUCAGGUGACAUCUGAGAUUGACCGGAAAAUUUCUGAAAAAGAUGAAGAAAUCGAUCAGCUAAAGAGGAACCAUCUCAGAGUUGUGGAAUCGAUGCAGAGCACCCUAGAUGCUGAGAUCAGAAGCAGAAAUGAUGCCCUGAGGAUCAAGAAGAAGAUGGAGGGAGACCUUAAUGAAAUGGAAAUUCAGCUGAACCACACCAACUGGCAGGCUACUGAGGCAAUGAGGAGUCUUAGAAACACACAAGGAAUACUGAAGGACACUCAGCUACAUUUGGAUGAUGGCAUCAGAGGCCAAGAUGAUCUUAAAGAACAACUGGCAAUGGUUGAGCGCAGAGCUAACCUGAUGCAGGCAGAGAUUGAAGAGCUGAGGGCAUCCCUGGAACAGACUGAGAGGAGCAGGAGAGUGGCAGAGCAAGAGCUUCUGGAUGCUAGUGAGCAUGUGCAACUCUUACACACCCAGAAUACCAGCUUAAUCAACACCAAGAAGAAGCUGGAGACAGACAUUUCCCAGCUGCAGGGAGAGGUGGAGGACAUUGUCCAGGAAGCUCGCAAUGCAGAAGAGAAGGCCAAGAAGGCCAUCACUGAUGCGGCCAUGAUGGCUGAGGAGCUGAAGAAGGAGCAGGACACCAGCGCCCACCUGGAGCGGAUGAAGAAGAACCUGGAGCAGACAGUGAAGGACCUGCAGCAGCGUCUGGAUGAGGCCGAGCAGCUGGCCCUGAAGGGUGGGAAGAAGCAGAUCCAGAAACUGGAGGCCAGGGUGAGGGAGCUUGAAAAUGAGGUUGAAAGUGAACAGAAGCGCAAUGUUGAGGCUGUCAAGGGUCUGCGCAAACAUGAGAGAAAGGUAAAGGAACUCACUUACCAGACUGAGGAGGACCGUAAGAAUGUUCUCAGGCUGCAGGACUUGGUGGACAAAUUACAAACCAAAGUUAAAGCUUAUAAGAGACAAGCUGAAGAGGCUGAGGAACGGUCUAACGUCAACCUCUCCAAAUUCCACAAGCUCCAGCAUGAGCUGGAGGAGGCCAAGGAACGGGCUGACAUUGCCGAGUCCCAGGUCAAUAAGCUGCGGGUGAAGAGCCGGGAGGUUCACACAAAAGUCAUUAGUGAAGAGUAA